AACAAGAAUAAUAAUAUGAAGAAGAAGAAGAAGAAGAAUCUCACGUAUUGUAGAUGUGUUUGGUUGUUAGAAACGGAUUAAAAAUCAAACUUUACCAGCGAAAGAACUUCAUUGCUAGUUGGCUGCACAGGAAGCAGGCUGGUGGAGACCAUGGUGCAGCUGCACGUGAAGCGCGGAGAUGAGAGCCAGUUUCUUUUCAACACGACGACCGUCGCUGCUCUGGAGACGGUGAUCCAACAAAUUACWGCCAUCUACAACGGGAGGCUGAAGGUCGACAGAAUAUGUUCAGAGAUCCGAGAGCUUGCAGAUCAUGGGAUCACACUUCCACCCAACAUGCAGGGGCUGACAGAGGAGCAGAUCCUGGAGCUGAAGCUGAAGGAUGAAUGGGAAGACAGGUGCAUUCCUAGUGGAGGGCCAGUGUUUAGAAAAGACGAGACUGGACGGAGGAACGGACAUGCUUCUGAUGACAAAAUGAAGGAGGUGCUGAUGAGGACAGUAGAGGAGGCAAAGGCACUAAUAUCCAAGAAACAAGUUCAAGCAAAUGUUUGUGUCACAAUGGAAAUGGUAAAGGAAGCACUGGAUCAGCUGAGGGGUGCAGUCACGAUCGUGUACCCCAUGGGACUGCCUCCUCAUGACCCUAUAAGGAUGGAGUUUGACAACAAGGAAGAUCUUUCAGGGACACAGGCAUCUCUCCAGGUGGUCUCCGAGGAUGAAUGCCAGUUGUGGUGGGCUGGUAAAGAGAUGCAGAGAGGCAAAAAGCUGCAGGACUAUAUUGGCAAAAAUGAAAAGACAAAGCUUGUGGUGAAAAUCCAAAAGAGAGGACAGGGGGCACCAGCGAGAGAGCCUCUGGUCACUGAUGAGCAGCAGAAACAGAUGAUGCUGCAUCACUACAGAAGGCAGGAAGAACUUAAGAAACUGGAGGAGRCAGACGAUGACAGCUACCUGGACUCAGGGUGGUCAGACAGACAGGCUCUCAAACGACAGUUUCAGGGACUCACUAAUAUCAAAUGGGGGCCAAGAUAACACUCAGAACUAUUCUCUGCACCUCCACUAAACAACUUAAACAUCUCUGAAUGCAGCUGAUCAAGACACCUUGAGUCUUUCAGAAAUUAUCAUUUGUCUUAUUUGACAUAUUCUGUAUCUUGACUCAUCACAGAAAAYUGCCGUUCUGAUCAAUAGAAUUUUAUGCUUUCAAAUGUCUUUUACUUUGUGUUAAAAUAAUAAUAAAGAAUUGUUUCCAAUAA